AGCCCUGUCCUGCGUCCACUGUCGGUGUGUUUCUCGCUCUCGCGGGAAGAUGAGUAACGGCAGGAUGUGGCAGCAGUGUCGCUUUGCGAUUGCUGAACAUUGUCCGGAUCCUCUUCCUCUCGGAUCUUCGCCAAGAUCAAAUAUUCUGUUGCGAAAGGAUCAUUGCAGAACCCUAGCCAGAUCGAAACCACACUUUGUAAUUCUGAAAUCAAGUCAUAUCGGCCAGAGACAUAGCUGAAGUCACUUUGAAGAGCCCGUAAGCUAUGGAUAGGUGGAUAGGGUGUCGUCGAUGGUGGCUAUUGGUGCUGAUCACGUGUGCAAUGCGAUCACAGGAUCUUAUUCUUACAUCUGGACAACAAGUCAACCCGACACCAGCCACCUCAUUAGCACCGCCGUCUACCAUGGUAAUGUCACCAUCCGCAAGUACGCCGGCUGCCUCGCCGACCAUUGCGAGCUCCUCGGUAUCAGCUACACCAUCAGUAUCGACAACAACAGCAACGCAACCGGUCACAUCGAGCAGUGCAAUCACCACGUCAGCCGCUCCAGAAACAACUAUGGUAACUCCAACAGAAGUUGUCACUACCACCGCAGCUGAAACAACCUCUGCAGUGGAGACAACUGCAACACAGCCACAGCAGACCACUCCCACCGCCUCCAGCAGUUCAACGCAACAGGAAACAACACCGACGGGGCAACAAACGACAACUGCGCAGGGACCGACAACCUCUUCACAGCUACCUACUACAUCUCCUGCCCAGCCCCUGACAACUUUAACAGAACAACCCACAACCUCAGCACAAGCAACGACGGCGGCGGCUACUGGGCGGACUACAGUGGCAUUAACUGGAAGCAGUGCUGCUCCCAGCAGCCCCUCUCAAGGCACUUCUCCUGGACCACAAUCUUCUGAUGGUUCAUCGACGCCUAUGAUCACAACGGUGUCAGGCACUCAGCCGACUGCUGCUACGGCGACUGCAGAAGUGACCACCGCUGUAACAGGAACCAGUGCUACCCUGGCUCCAUCGACUCAGCCGACGACGACAACCGAAGCCCAGGGCACGACGGCGAGCGAUGUCGCUACCCCACCCACCACUGGCACAGUGACAAUGGUGCCAACCACACAACAGCAGACUGGUAGUACAGCUACGCCCAGUCUUGCAACCACUGCUGGAGUCACCCUGACUACGGGCACAGCCACUGCUGGCACUACGGACACACCGACCCCCUCAGGUCCCACGGUGUCUGGAAGUGCCAACACGUCGCCAAGUCAGCCGGCAACGAGCACUGUGACCGGCAGCACAGAGGCAAUGACCGCUACAGCCACUACUGUCUCGGCACAAGCAACCAACACAGGCAGUACACCAACACAGGGAGUUAUUAGCUCACAAGCCGUGACCACACCGACAAGCACCUCGCCGAGUGUAUCUACCGAGACCGUCACACCUGGCACUGCAGCCACUAACACUGGACCAGUGGCACAGACAGGAUCAGAAGCUACAGGCACGACAUCAACAGCAUCCACCGCCGUUGUUACGGGCAGCACGACACCAGCACCGACAGGGACUGCCUCUACAGCACCGGAAACAACAAACACCGUCACAGCACCGACAGGGACUGCCUCUACAGCACCGGAAACUACAAACACCGGCACAGCACCGACAGGGACUGCCUCUACAGCUCCGGAAACUACCAACACCGGCACAGCGUCCACACUACCAGCUACCACCAGUACCGGCACAGGCACUACUCUUCUUACCACUGGCACAAGCGGUACAAUCAGCCAGAGCCAGAGUAACACCGCAACAGCAGUGCUCAGCACGGCUACGGGUGCAACAACGCAGGCGGGUACCGGGUCCACUGCAACCACCCUGACAGCUUCAGCAGCGACGUCCACCGCUCCCACGACUGGAACUGGAACAGGUACAGCGGUGGCGACAACCGCCACAGCAGCUCAACCAUCAAUGUCUAGUGGCACGGGUACGGGAGUGACAAGUCCCCUCACAAAUGCAGGCACGAGCGGAACGGUCGCAUCUUCUGCUGCAACUGCACAGCCCAGUGCAACAGGCACGCUGCCCACUGCCGCUAGCUCACAACCAGGCUCUGCUGCCGCCACUACCACCGCCACCACCGCUGCUACCACCACCAGCGGCACUGCAGGCUCUGCAGGGAUUGGUUUGACUGGUGCUACGGCAGCACCGGGAAGCGCUGGUGUAACAAGCGUUCAGCCGACCACAACAGGUCCACCGGUUGCUGCGGCUGUGAGCGGUGGACUGGCCACCUCCACUAUCAUCAUCAUAGCGGCGUGCAUUGUCGGCGGUCUCCUUGCCGCGCUGUUGAUAGUCCUGUGCAUUCGCUGGAACCGCUCACGACAGGGCAAGUUCCAGCUGGCCGGUGUGGAUCAGGAAUGGUCAGUGUACAAUGUCAGCACGGCAGCAGCCGCUGAAGGCGCCAGUGCGGACGGCUCGCGGCCAUACCUAAUGCACAACAUGCCGCAGGAAAUGAG